CAGUUUUGAAAAUUGCUGUAGCUUAGCCUGAGACGUUUGUGAUUAGCUGCACCAAUUUGAAAUGGCCAAUUUGGAUGAUGACAGAGCCUCCUCUGCGCAUGCUUUUUUAAAAUUUGGUUCAAUUUAUGAGCCACUUAAAAGUAUUAACCUUCCAAAACCAGAAGGGGGAAGUCUGUGGGAUAAAUUAGAUCAUUAUUACAGAAUUGUUAAGUCAACGUUGCUGCUUCAUCAAAGCCCAACCACAGGUCUGUUUCCUACAAAGACAUAUGGGGAUAACCGAAAGGCAAAAGUACACGACAGUCUUUACUGUGCUGCAUGUGCCUGGGCAUUAGCUCUUGCUUACAGGCGAAUUGAUGAUGACAAGGGAAGGACUCAUGAACUGGAGCAUUCUGCUAUAAAGUGUAUGAGAGGAAUUCUUUACUGCUACAUGCGUCAGGCUGAUAAGGUUCAGCAAUUUAAGCAAGAUCCCAAACCAUCUGAAUGUCUUCAUUCUGUUUUCAGUGCACACACUGGAGAUGAGGUCUUCUCCCAUAAGGAAUAUGGUCACCUUCAGAUAAAUGCUGUGUCGUUAUUUCUCCUCUAUUUGGUUGAGAUGAUCUCUUCGGGGCUGCAGAUUAUCUACAACACAGAUGAGGUGUCCUUCAUUCAAAAUCUUGUGUUUUGUGUGGAAAGAGCCUAUCGUGUGCCAGAUUUCGGUGUCUGGGAAAGGGGAAGUAAAUACAACAAUGGCAGUCCAGAGCUGCAUUCAAGGUAGGUGAGCAAAUGUAGCUCUUUCAGUCAAAGCAAAUAAAUG